AUGGGCGUCUUUUACACAACCAGGUGGAGUUUGGCGGCCGAUGGGAGCUCAUCCGCGAGCAAAGGAGCCGUCAACAAAACACUUCAAAAAUGCAGCAUUGAUCCAAAGGCAGCUACUGAGCUGGAGCUGUUCUGCUGCUCCUAUUCAGAUCUUGCUGAAACCACCGAGUUCUGCAUAAUGAUGUCUUUGGGACACUUAAGCAAGGGAGUUGGCCUAGAUGAACUUAUUGAUACAUGUAUUGAUUCUUUUGAUGCAGAUGGAAACUUGUGUAAAAAUUAUCAGCUUCUGACAGUAACUUUAACCAUGCAUCGACUUAUCAUCUCCUCCUCUGAGAUACUGCGAAAACUAAUAGAUCUAUAUCUGGGUGCCUUGGAAAAUAAUUCUUCACUUUGCUGUAAGAUAUGUUACCUUGUGAGGUAUUGGAUAAGAGAAUUCUGGGUCAUGUUUAAAACAGAUUCCAAUCUUACAAACACCAUGGAAGAAUUUCAGGAAUUGGUGAAAGCUAAUGGUGAGGAGUUACACUGCCGCCUAAUUGACACAUCUCAAAUAAAUGCUCGAGAUUGGUCCAGAAAGAUAACCCAGCGAAUAAAAUCCAAUAGCAGUAAGAAACGAAAAGUUUCACUGCUCUUUGAUCAUCUGGAACCAGAGGAGUUAUCAGAUCACCUCACCUACCUUGAAUUUAAGUCCUUCCGACGAAUAUCAUUUCCAGAUUAUCAAAACUACAUCAUAAAUGGAUGUGUGAAGGACAAUCCCACAAUGGAACGCUCAAUCACUCUUUGUAACGGUAUUUCACAGUGGGUCCAACUGAUGGUAUUAAAUAGACCAACACCACAGCUUCGAGCUGAAGUAUUCAUCAAGUUCAUUCAUGUGGCCCAGAAACUCCAUCAGUUGCAAAAUUUCAACACAUUAAUGGCUGUGAUAGGAGGUCUUUGUCACAGUUCCAUCUCUAGACUUAAAGAAACAAGUUCUCAUGUUCCUCAUGACAUCCAUAAGAUAUUCAGUGAAAUGACUGAACUGCUGUCAUCCUGUAGGAACUAUGAUAAUUACAGACGUGCUUAUAAUGAGUGCAGUAACUUUAAAAUCCCUAUCCUUGGAGUACAUCUGAAAGAUUUAAUUUCCCUUUAUGAAGCUAUGCCAGAUUACUUGGAAGAUAAAAGAGUUAAUAUGCACAAAUUGUAUUCUUUGUAUAAUCAUGUCAAUGAACUGAUACAGCUGCAGGAGAUAGGUCCCCCUCUGGAGGCUAAUAAAGAUCUUGUCCAUCUCCUUACACUGUCUCUUGACCUUUACUAUACAGAAGAUGAAAUUUAUGAACUUUCAUAUGCACGAGAGCCAAGAAGUCACCGGGCUGCACCAUUGACACCUUGUAAACCACCGGUUGUAGCAGAUUGGGCAUCUGGAAUUGCCCCCAAACCUGAUCCAAAGAUAAUUAGUAAGCAUGUUCAGAGAAUGGUAGAUUCUGUUUUUAAAAAUUAUGACCAUGAUCAGGAUGGAUAUAUUUCUCAAGAAGAAUUUGAGAAGAUUGCUGCAAGCUUUCCCUUCUCCUUUUGCGUAAUGGAUAAAGACAGGGAAGGUCUGAUUAGCAGGGAUGAAAUAACAGCCUACUUCAUGAGGGCCAGUUCAAUCUAUUCUAAACUAGGCCUUGGCUUUGCCCACAAUUUCCAGGAGACCACUUACCUAAAGCCGACAUUCUGUGACAACUGUGCUGGAUUUCUUUGGGGUCUUAUUAAACAAGGAUAUAGGUGCAAAGACUGUGGAAUGAACUGCCAUAAGCAAUGCAAAGAUCUGGUUGUAUUUGAAUGUAAGAGAAGACCCAAAGUGACAGCUGUGGAUAACAGUCCAGCAUCAGCUCUUGCAUCUAGCCUCUGUCCCAUGGGACUUAAAGAGCACAUGCAUGGGCUGGAAGAGGGAGGAUUUCCAUUUUCUAAUGGCGAGGUGGUUGAACAUAAUGAAGGCAGCAAAGAUAGAACUAUUAUGCUUAUGGGAGCAUCGGCUCAGAAGAUCUCAGUAAGGCUAAAGCCGUCUGUGGUACACAAGAGUACACAAACUGAUAUAAUGAUGGCACAUGGUAAUGAACUGUCCAAUCUACAAAGGGAGUCAGGAACAUCAUCCAAAAGUAGUUUUCUCCAGCCAACUCCUGUGUUUCCAUGUCCAAGUCCAGUUCUUGGCCGUAAAAAGGCGUAUGUGAAAUGGGAAAACAAGGAUUGUGGUCAAAACAUGAAGGAAGAUCCACAAACACUAAAACCCACAUAUCAUGAACUAGAAAAGGAAAGAAGUGUUCUAACAGCAGAGAAUGAAGCUCUCAAACUGCGCCUUAAACAAGCUCAUAAGAAGAUUGAAUUCCUCAGCAUUCAACGAAAUCACUUAAUGGACAGUAGGGAACAUGGAGAUUGCUUGUAGCUAACAAGAAAGACAUUUUUCUGUGGAAAAGGGUAAAGCAAGUGGGCUUUUUGAGUGUAUUUAAGUAUAUGCAGCAUGGCAGGACUUCAAACUAAAGUUGGAUUGUCUUGUUUUGACUCCCAUUAAUACUUCUGGAUGUAUAUAUUUUGUGCUAUCAGUUUAAACUAGUUGGCCUUCUGUUUGGCUGAAAUUACAUCAUUUGGAAUUUCUGUUAUUUAGAGCAAGGAAUACACCUGUUACCAAACCUAUUAUCAAAUAGGAACGUGUAUCUUGGGCUAAUUUUGGCAAUGCAAACUUGAAAAUAGGCAUGAUUUUUUAUUUGAAAACCUCACAAUGCUGCUGCUUGAAUGGGCAUAUGAGUCAAAUAGCCAUUCCCAUUUUCUUUUUGAAUUGGUUGAUCUCUUUCUCCAAGAUGCCAAUUUCAGAUAGACAGUCCCCCAAACCUCCUUUUGCAGAGGUGUCUACAGAGCACGGGCAAAAAAAAAGUAAAGAUGUCGGCCACAAAGGUGCGAUCAAAGUUCCUCCUGUUUUUUAUGUACAUGGCAUGCACACACAAAUGAAACAGGCAGAGCUUUGAUUGCAGCGUCAUGGCCGUGCUCUUGACAGUUUUGACCACACCCUGCAGUCACCCUUGUGGGUUUGGCUGCAAAAAGAUUUUCAGUCUGUACUCUGACACUGAAGCACUAAAACAAAGGCAAAACGAGAUAUUUCACUGGCAUUCCAGUGGAUGUGGAUUUGCAGGAUUCAGCUUUAAAAAAUACCUUCUGGAAUACCCCCAGAAAAAGGGUCCUGGUGCUAAUGGUAUUGAUUUAGUUUCCAUUGCAGUCAAUAGG